AUGCAUCGUCGACCAUGCCUUUGAGACGCCAUCAUCAUCGAGCUUUAUGCCAAAAAGAAGGGACAUUAAGGUUGCGAGUCCUCCCUUCGCUCGUUGCACUGCUGUCUCUUGCUCUCCUGGCGUCAAAGGCCGCCCACGCUCAGACUCUCGAUAGCCGCAAUCUCGCGAAGCAGAAGCCCUUUACGAUGCCAAGCACUGGGCUACAGAUGGCUGCGGAGACUCAAAGCGUGGAAGAACAGAUAAAGAGCGCAAUACUGCCCAGCGACGCCGCGACCAAUCGCACGGACGUCCUGACGACAGCGAAAGAAGAGCCCUCUCAAACCAGCGCAAGCUCUGUGUCACCGCUGAAUGCAAGCAUGACGUCAAGCAACACAAUCACCAUGACUCUUGGGGAGGCGUUGGAAUUUGGCCUGGUCUUUGAUGCGGUCUUAUUCACUGUGCUCUUCGUCGUGACGGCGCCGCUCUUCGUCCACUAGUGGGUAUUGUACGGUAGUGAGGGUUUGACGUGCG